GUGUUCGUGAAUGGAUUCCCCUGCAAGGAUCCCACGAAUGUCACACCAGAUGACUUCUACAUCUCCGGCUUGGACAAGGUCGCAAACACCGACAACGAUUUGGGCGCAAACAUCACUCUGGUCAACGUUAACCGACUCCCAGGUCUCAACACCCUUGGAGUGGCCAUGUCUCGCAUCGACUACGCGCCCUUCGGUCUCAACCCUCCUCACUCGCAUCCACACUCAUCCGAGAUACUGCAUGUUGCAGAAGGAACGCUCUUCGCUGGCUUCGUCAGGUCCAACACCGAAAAGGGCAACAUUCUCAUCGCUAAGAAGCUGAACACGGGCGAUGCGUUUGUGUUCCCCCAGGGCCUCAUGCACUUCCAGUUCAAUCUCGGGGACACUAACGCGGUGGCGUUCGCUGCCUUUGGCAGCCAGAGCCCGGGUCUCGUCACCAUAGCCAAUGCACUGUUCGGAUCGAAGCCGCCAAUUCCUUAUUACAUUCUUUCCCAGGCCGUGCAGCUUAGCAAGACGACCGUGGACUGGCUUCAGCAGCAGGAGUGGGUGGACAUCGCUCGGGAAUAUUAACUUGUGCUACUUAGUAUAAGGCAAUAAAGAUUGAAUACUCCAUGUCAUGCAUGCUUUAAUGAUUGUAACUCCGUUAUAUGGAUUACCUCAUGUAUAAAUAGUGUUUGGUUUGUUCGAUAAUAAAGUAAGAAGACUUGCGGUAUCA